CUAAGCCCUUACAUAAACCCUCCUUAUCCCAAAGCCCAAACCGCUUCACUUCAGUUUUACAAACUAGCCAUGUCCCUUUUGCCCCCACCAAAGCUUCUUCCUUUCACACUCCACGCUUCGAAGUCCCGCUUCAAACUCCCUUAUCCCACUCCCGGACACACCCACUGUCGCAGCCAAACGCUCCCUCCUAAGCCAAUCCGUUGCGCCAAGAGAACCGGUAAACAGAGAUACCCUUCCGAGAAGAAAAAGCUCAAGUUGAAACAGAAACGAGUCCUCAGUGAUGUCAAUAACAAGUUCGAAGGCUUCUGGAGGCUCUCAAAACUUGGCGUUUCGGUAAAUGAAGACCCGGGAAAGGACUUUUUGGGUGUCUCUGAUGGGCUGCUCGAACAGAUUGCUAAAGUUCUCGAGUUCCCGGUUGCUUCUAUGCUGCCAAAGGAGGCGUUUUCGGUAGUACGGAAGUCGUUUGAUGCGAGGAAGGUUUUAAAGGAGCCAAAGUUUGUAUACACUGUGGACAUGGAUGUCUGUAAACUUUUGGAUCUAGAGCCUCGUACUUGGGACUUCAUUUCCCGGUUGGAACAGAAGGUUGGGGCCAUAGAACAUUUGCCUUAUGAAAAAGCUUCUGGUGACUUGAUUGACAUAAUACAUGAUUCUAACAAAAUCUCUGAGGGAUCAUAUAAGUACCCAACAACCAGAAAACCAAAAGUUGCUGUUGUGGGUAGUGGUCCAUCUGGCCUGUUUGCUAGUCUCGUUCUUGCUGAACUUGGUGCAGAUGUCACCUUAAUAGAAAGAGGUCAACCAGUUGAACAAAGAGGGCGUGACAUUGGUGCUUUGGUAGUUCGUCAAAUUUUAGAAUUGGAGAGCAAUUUUUGCUUUGGGGAGGGUGGUGCAGGUACCUGGAGUGAUGGAAAGCUGGUAACUAGAAUUGGAAGAAACAGUGAAAGUGUUUUGGCGGUUAUGAACACUUUAGUUCACUUUGGAGCUCCACAAAAAAUCUUGGUUGAUGGAAAGCCCCAUUUGGGAACAGAUAAGUUGAUUCCAUUACUCCGCAACUUUCGCCAACAUUUACAAAGACUGGGUGUUACUAUCAAGUUUGGAACAAGGGUAGAUGAUCUAAUUAUCGAGGAUGAACAUGUUGUGGGGGUUAAAGUUUCUGAUGCAAAAGAUAAGUCGCAGUUAGAUUUCCAGAAAUUGAGUUAUGAUGCAGUUGUCUUGGCUGUUGGGCAUUCUGCACGUGAUGUGUAUCAAAUGCUCCUUUCUCAUAAUAUAGACCUUGUCCCAAAAGAUUUUGCUGUUGGUUUGCGAGUUGAGCAUCCUCAGCAACUAAUAAACAGUAUACAGUAUUCUGGAUUGGCUAAUGAGGUUCACAAUGGACGUGGGAAAGUACCGGUUGCAGAUUACAAAGUUGUCAAGUAUGUUAGUGGUGAGGACAUGGAUGUCAAAGGGCCUACGAGUCGUAGUUGCUAUUCCUUCUGCAUGUGUCCAGGUGGACAGGUUGUUCUUACAAGUACUAAUCCAUCAGAGCUAUGUAUCAAUGGCAUGUCAUUUUCUCGUCGCUCAUCUAGAUGGGCAAACGCAGCACUUGUCGUCACUGUCUCGGCAAAGGAUUUUGAGGCAUAUAACUUCCAUGGACCUCUUUCUGGGGUUGAAUUUCAGAGGGAAUUUGAGAGAAGAGCAGCUAUAAUGGGAGGGGGAAACUUUGUGGUUCCUGUGCAGAGAGUUACCGAUUUUCUAGAGAAUAAGUUAUCAGGCACAUCUCUGCCACCAUCAAGCUAUCGGCUAGGAGUGAAGGCAUCAAAUCUCCAUGAACUGUUUCCUGCUCAAAUUACAGAUGCAUUGAAGUACUCGAUCUCCACGUUUGACAAAGAGUUACCGGGAUUUAUUUCUGAUGCUGCCCUUCUUCACGGUGUAGAGACUAGGACCAGCUCUCCAGUUCAGAUUCCCCGCAGCAAUGACACUUAUGAGAGCACGUCCAUAAAAGGACUGUACCCUGUUGGUGAAGGAGCAGGCUAUGCCGGUGGGAUUGUAAGUGCAGCUGUGGACGGCAUGUAUGCUGGUUUUGCUGUGGCAAAAAAUUUUGAUCUAUUUCUUGCAGACAUAGAAUCAGUUUUGGGGAAAGCUCAGGGUGCUGGAUUCGUAGUUAAGUAUUAAGGUACACCUUAUCUAAUAUUCUCAGAACCAGCAUCUAACAGAUACAAUGAAUCGACAAGUGAUCACCAGAAUCUGGGUGAGUAUACAUCAUCAACUCAUUUUUUUCUGUACUCAUUCAUAUCAGCAGCUUGAUAAAAUUUUCCGGGUUUUACCAGUGUUGGAAAAGUCAAGAAACGGUUAACCUUCACUAACAAAUAAUGCAUAUGUGAGCGAAUCAAAAUAUGCCUUCCGAUGGCUGCUGGAGUUCAUGAUUUUGUUUUGGUGAUAAUUGUGAUCAAAUGCAGAUGAAGUGAAUCCAAGAAUUAUUUUUGCAAGAGCAUGUAGUUAAUACUUGAACUGAAAACUACAUUUCAGCUUAGAAACUUGCAAUUUUUAUGUAAUUUGUGAUUUAGAAUCAGUUUGAGAUUAUCCAUUUUGAUUGAAGGUGAGACAUUUGACUCUGUAAAUAUGAUGCUAAUAUUUGAUUAUCAACUUAAUGAAGCUUGACAAAAGGAUAAGUUGGCCUA